AUGCUAGCAGACUGGAUCAACUACUACGAUUUAGCCCUCUUAAAUACCCCUAGUAUUAGCACCUUCUAUUCCAAUCACAUUCAGGACUGGGCUAUAACCAAAUUUGGGGAAAAACUUUUCUGCCAGCUUUCACCGCUCCAAAAUGAGCUACAGGCCUAUAGCUACAUUUUAAGCUCCAAUUCAAGCUUAAAAAGCUUAGAACAAAUCAAUGUAAAACGUAGUUACGAAGCAACCCUUAACCGUCUGGACGAUAUAGCGGAACGUUAUACUAGCGCCAUUUUAUACGCUGCACACGAUGCCAUACCCCAAAUCCGGUUAGCGCCACACGCUAAGCCUUGGUGGAACGAUUCACUAAAAUCACUUCGACGCGACAUAAAUCGGGCUAGAGAGGCCUCUAAGCGAGCCGCCCGCAAUAUAUACUUCCAGGCUAUUAAAACAGCGAAAAAGGAUCACUGGAACCAGUUCUUAGAGAAAGAGGAUUCUAAAUCGAUUUUCAAAGCCCUAGCCUAUAUGAAGUUAAGGCGGUUAGAGCUAACGCUCUUCCCUCCACCUCCUAAAACAGCUAGCCCGAAUUGGACGUUAUAUACCGCCUCAGAGCAGUGGCAGUGGCCAAAGCUAGCACUAGAUGAAGUGAAUGAAAUCAAAUCCACUAGCCCCGGCCCGGACUAUAUUACCCAGACCAUUAUUACCCACCUUUCACUCCUUUUUGAGACGCUAGUAAACACUGGCUAUUAUCCGAAGUGCUAG